UCCGUGCGCGUGCACGUGUCUCGUCACAGCGCCUCAGUGAGGUGAAGAAGCUCAGCGCGUGUGAUUUAAACGCACUUUCAAAACAACAGCGAGGACAAACUGCGCAGAAAAGUCCAAGAUGUGGAAGUCAGUCGUGGGUCACAAUGUGAGCAUGAAGGUUGCAGCAGAAGGAGACGACUGGGAGACCGACCCUGACUUUGAGAACGACGUAUCGGAGCAGGAGCAGCGCUGGGGGGCAAAGACCAUCGAGGGCUCGGGGCGUAAAGAGCACAUCAGUGUUGCAGAGCUCAGAAACAAAGUUGCCGUUGAGCACGAGUCGGUGAAGCAGAAGGAUUUCGUUCCCAAAGCCUCGUACGGAUAUGGAGGGAAGUUUGGUGUGGAGAAAGAUCGCAUGGACAAGGGCGCCGUGGGUCACGACUACGUGUCACAGGUGGAGCAUCACUCCUCCCAGACUGAUGCAGCGCGAGGCUUUGGCGGGAAGUUUGGAGUUCAGAAAGACCGUGUGGACAAGUCUGCUCUGGGCUUUGAAUACAAAGGACAAGUGGAGCAGCAUGCGUCUCAGAAAGAUUACGCUAAGGGCUUUGGAGGAAAGUACGGAGUGGAGAAGGACAAAGUGGACAAAGCUGCUCUGGGAUUUGAAUAUAAAAGUCAGACAGAGAAGCAUCAGUCUCAGAAAGACUACGCUAAGGGCUUUGGAGGGAAGUUCGGCGUGGAGACGGACAAAGUGGACAAAGCUGCUCUGGGCUACGACUACAGAGGACAAACGGAGAAGCAUCAGUCUCAGAAAGGCGAGUGGACGCCGGCGCGGCGCUCAGUCGUGACAUUGUUGUCAUCGCUCGUGUUGUUGCUUUACUUUCUUCUCUCACAUUCUCCGCUAUCAGAUUAUUCCAAAGGGUUUGGAGGUAAGUUUGGCGUGGAGCAGGAGCGAGUGGAUAAAACAGCCGUGGGUUACGAUUACAAGGCUGAGACCGAGAGACAUCAGUCACAGAAAGAUUAUUCUGCAGGGUUUGGCGGUCGCUACGGAGUCCAAGCAGAUCGCCAGGAUAAGAAUGCAGCAGGUUUCUCAGACAUGAACUCACCGACCUCUGCUUAUGAGAAGACUCAACCCUUGGAGGCUUCCAGCGCAGACGCCGGGAAACUGAAGGCGCGCUUUGAGAACAUGGCCAAGUCCUCGCAGGAGGAGGACAGGAAGAGAGUGGACGAGGAGCGAGCGAGGAGACGAGCCAAGGAGACGAGGGAGCGAGAGGAGGCCAAACGCAGGCAGCAGGACCAGAGUAGCAGAGAGGAGACGACGUGUCCUCCACCUGCUCCUCACAAGGCUCCGGAGGACGACGCCUCGCCACCUGAAAUACACCAGCACACGGCAGAGAUACAAGAACCAGAGCCAGAACCAGAACCAGAACCAGAGCCAGAGGAUGAACCAGAGUAUGAGCAGCCACCGGAUUUGCCUCCUCGCUCAGACGAUUUCCUCGACGCUCCGCCGCUGCCUGAGCGCACAGUAGAGGAAGAUGCUGACGGAGACUACGAGGAGAUCGAGAGCUCACCUCCUCCUCCGGCUCCUCCUGUGGCAGACGAGGACGACGACAACGAGUAUGAAGACCUGACGUGUGGACAGAAGGCGGUGGCCAUCUACGACUAUCAGGGAGAGGCAGACGAUGAAAUCUCCUUCAACCCAGAUGAUGUGAUCAACAACAUCGAGAUGAUCGAUGAAGGCUGGUGGAAGGGAGAGUGUCACGGACUCGUGGGUCUGUUCCCUGCUGCUUAUGUUAAGCUCCUGUAGUUUACUUUCUUUUCUGCACCAUGUCAGGUUUCUUCAGUCGUUCACACUGUAAUUUAUACAAAAGACAGACGUCUGAUUCUCUGUUCCUCUCACUCUGUGGCUGUAGUUACACAAACUCCACGUUUAUAAUCAGAUCUUUUAUUUGCAAUAAACUGGAAUCAACAGA